AGAGGCUGUCUCACUGACUGCACACGUCGUAUAGUACGGGUCGUACGCUAGCCAGCAUAAGAAGCAUUUGGAUACAUUCGAUAUCAAAUGUGUUUGUACUUUCCUCUGUUGUCCUAGUGGAUGUUGAUUGUUAAACCGAUGUGUGGUUAGCCUACCUGAGAUAAAGUUAAAGGAAAGUUUCACCUGUGUGACCACCAGCCAAGUGAUGGAAUGCUAAAAGGGAAAUCCUUGUUCUGCAACAAGCAGCUUGUCCGUUUUUCCAGCACAUUUGUACCUGUCACAAUGAACACCGUCUUAGGAUUGACAUAUUCCUGUGGAUUCCUUCUCGUUCUGACUCAAAGCUACACGUCUGUAUCAUCGGAGUACACCACGCGUCGUACACGCUACGGUACUAUCCGAGGUUCAAUUUCCGUUGUGUACGGCAAGAAAGCAGUAGAAGCGUACAUGGGAAUUCCAUUUGCACGACCACCACUCGGAAAACUUAGAUUUGAGCCCCCGGAACCGCCCUUACCGUGGGGUACCUCAGUACUGGACGCGCUUACCCUUCCACCAGCCUGCCCACAGCCAACGGAGGGCAUCAAUUACAUCGCCUACCAUGUGCCAGGCUUCAACUCUAGCAGCGAGGAUUGUCUAUACCUGAAUAUAUACCUACCAACGAGGCGGAAUAGCAGCCCUCUUCCGGUGAUGGUUUUCGUUCACGGCGGAUCUUACCAGAACGGAAUGGGGGCCAUGUUGGACGGAAGAAUGCUUGCUUUACAGGAUCUGGUUGUUGUCACCUUUAACUACAGACUCGGACCACUGGGUUUUCUGACGUCAGCCGAUGAUGCCAUGCCGGGUAACUACGGUAUGCUGGAUCAAGUAGCGGCGCUGAAAUGGGUUCGUGAGAACAUUGCAUUCUUUGGUGGGGAUCCUGCAUCCGUGACCAUAGAUGGACACAGUGCCGGCGGAUGUUGCGUGGGAUUGCACCUCCUCUCACCUCUGUCUAAAGGGCUUUUCCGCAAGGUCAUUGGACAGAGUGGUUCCCCCUUGGCUCAUUGGUCUGUGACAAGAUACCAAGAAGGACCGGACUAUUUCUUCAAGGUGGUUUCUGCAUCAUUGGGAUGUGCUGGAAAUGACACCCGAGUUGUUAAGAAAUGUUUACAAAACAUUCCCACAGAUAAAUUUGAGCAAUUCAUGUUGAAUGAAUUUGAGUGGACGCCAUCUUUGGUUCCGCAAUACCGACCAAUUGUGGACGGAUAUUUCCUACCAGAUACGCCAGAGAAACUGAUCGUGUCUGGAGAAUUGAACGCAGAUCAGUACAUGACCGGAGCAACUAAGGACGAGGGAUUGAUUGCCGCUGUUCCUCUUGUAACCUUAUUUGGUGUGGGUAAGAAGAGUACCCGCAGGCUGCUGACGCUCAUGAACUGUUUCCGGGGAGAUUUGCCAGAGGUCAGGGGAAUCGUGGAUUCCGUGUUAGAGGAGUACACAAAGUGGCCCUAUCAGCCUACAGCGGAAAAAAUAAAAAAGCAAUUUGCAGAAAUCAUCGGGGACUACUUUAUCACUGCGCCUACCCACCUCCUUGCCCAGAUUCUCUCUGCCCGAAAUGUCACUGUCUACAUGUACAACUUUGAGUACCGCUCUGUUUUCGACCAGUGGGAUGGUGUCGUUCAUGGGGCAGAGAUCUUCUAUUUAUCUGGCUUCCCGCUUACUGGGCACCCUUCAAUCCGUUACGAGGAAAACGACCGCACGAUGGCAGAAAUGCUGUUGACCCUGUGGGCUAACUACAUCAAAUAUGGAAUUCCCUCCAUGGUACCUUCGGAAGAAUUCCACUUCCUGCCGUACACGAUAUAUGGUCCAGUUUAUGGGAAGAUGUACAAGCAAGACAGCCACCCAGCCAUUACAAUGGAGAGCAACCUGAAACCCGAAAAGUUGCAGUUCUGGAACAAGAAAGUUCCAGAAAUGUACAAAGAGCAAAUGGGAACAAUCAAUUACAUCAUCACAGACGACGUCAUCAAAACAAGCCGUGUGACAGUGAUCCACGCCUCGCCCACGUGGAUUCUGACGACAACCUGUGUAAUCUUGAUGGUGGUGGUAAUCUUGUUGUCCAUCUGCUAUUGCAAAGCUAGAAAGCAAGUCAGAACAUUGCUUAGGUGGAAAGAAACCGAAGUGAUUUCUUAGGAACUGCAGACACAGUGCUUCAUUGGUUAUUUAUGACACUUGAGCCUCGAAAUUUUGAUCUCAAAUCGCAAUGGCGAAAUGGAAAAACCGUUGUCAUCACGUGUGCUCGCAAAAGUCAACAAACCAAUCAAAAGGCAAAUCAAAGCCGUGGUUACUUUGAAAGGUAUACUUUGUCAAGAACCGUAUGUAUAUUUACAUACCAAUAUGUAAUCACUCACGAAGUGAUAGACGCAAUUACAUGCUGAUACCCCGUGCAGUAUGUGCCUCUCUAGUCUGGCAUGGUUGUAAAUAUUAAUGCUUUUCUUUUUCUUAUUACUAUUAUUAAUAUUACUCUUAAAUGCUUCGCCCAUACACAGUUAGUUAUACAAAGUACAUUACUUUGAAAAUCAUAAAAAGUCACGCAGACAAAAUUCCGUAUUCAUUCAACUUUUAUAGGUCACUGCCGUCGUUGCCACCAGUACAAUCCAGUAUUGGUUCUGAAAAUAUGAAACAACUGUAACCGUGCCAAAACUUCGCAUCACCAAGUUAUAAGAAACAAAUAACAGUUGUUAAUCUUCGACAGGUAAAGUCUUAUUCGGAUCACAACAGAAGACCUGGGGUCCCUUGCAUGAGAUACUUUUUGUGAUACCUACCGAUGAUUCCAGUCGAAGGAGGACUGAUCUGUUGCAGUAGAUGUGUACAAAAUCAGUUUUCACAGAUAACGCCUUGGCAAAAGCGGUAAUGAACGAUAAACUACCCAGCAUUGGCCCAAAUUACUUUACGUGGGAAGGUCCCCAUUCUUGCCUAUAGUUACGUAUUCAUCUCACGUUGUUUUCUCUGUUACUGAAUGUUAAUUAACCCUAACGUUUCUGAGCUCGGCAUAGUAAAAGGAGAAAAUACAUAUAAUAGAACCGUGUAUUGAUUUCUUACCUCUUUUGUAAUCUGUAAAAUUUUGUGACGACUUGUGAAACUAGGUGUGUCUGUAUCUUGUGAAAUAACGCAGUUUCCCUGGUACAGUACACAUCAGAACGUGUGACACGCGUAGUUUUUUUCCCAUAUAAAUUUUUUUCGGUUACCGCCUAUGGUUUCGCAAAUUCUUAUACUAAUAAAACAUUUCAUGUCAGUAAAACAAUGAAUUAUAUUAUUGCUUUGGAUUUUGAGUAUAAUACAGAACCAGCGAUUAGCAAGUCACUAUGACGUCACAAAGCUCGGUCUUUACGGGUUUGAAAUACA